AUGACUCUGACGAAACAGGAAGACAUGUCUACUCUCAUCGACAGGACGAUGAGGAUGAGGAGGGAGGAGCAGGCGCGCCAGGUGGUCCUCGCCUGGGCAGUCCUCAAUGUGUCGCUAGCUGGCAUGAUCUGCACUGAGAUGUAGGUUGUGUUUUCUUGUCAACAACUGACUCGCAUGAUUAGUAAUCUGUUGCUAAUGCCUAACUAGAAGCAAGUGGUGCCAAUACCUCGCACAGUAAUAUGUAAAUUUUCCUCUCAGGUCAGGAAAACUGCUGAGCCUGUACUUCAACAUCUCUUAUUGGCCUAUCUGGUACAUAGGUGAGUGCUCUGCUGUGUAGUUCAUCGAGAGAAAUUAAGCAUUGUUUUGGGAGGGAAUGGCCAGGUGUGGCACUGAUGCACACUGGUUCCAGAUGAGCCAUAACCUGUCAAAUUCAUAUUAUCUCUCCUUCCUUUUCCUUUCCCACAGAGCUGGCCUUUGCCUCAGUUUUCAGCCUCAACGCCCUGUUUGACUUCUGGAAGUACUUCAAGUACACCAUGGCCCCCUCCACCAUCGCUGUUACCCCUGACCAGCACCGCCUUCUUGGCCUCAGAAACUCAGGUGAGUCAUUGGCUGCAAAGUGGUUAAGGUGAUGGUGUUAUCUAUGAACCCCAAAUACAGUGUAUCCCUCUUGUACGUUUGUCUUUUUAAACUGCCCAAAUCAAUCAAUACUAUGUUGGUGUUCAUCUCCACUCAGGUAUCCAGGCGUCACCCCCGCUGAAGCAAGAGAAGCAGGAGGCUCAAGCCCCGGCUCAGUCGUCGCCCCUCCAGGGUCAGAGCGUGCUCAGCUUCAGUCCCUCCAGGCCGGCCAGCACCAGCCCCAAGUUUUCCCCCAGCUGUGUUCCUGGAUACAGCCCCCUUUUGAGCAGCCCGUCCACCCCGGGCAGCGGGGGACACUUCUCCCCCUCCCUGGCCUUUGGAAAGGUCUGUCAGACUCACAAUGCUCUCUGUUAUCUUGCUAUCAAUCUGACGCAUUUGUGGUUUGUCAAUUAAUCGGGUACACUAGAGGUGUUACUGUAACCAUGGGCCGUAUCUAGCUACCAUUAUCCUUUCAAGUUUAUUGUGUUGUGGCUACCACUUUUUGGUUUUCCUUACUUGUCAUGUCUGAAAUCUACUGGCAUGAAGACAGGGAGAUCAUGCGUUCCCAUUUGUAACAGCUUUCUGUUGAUUUCAGUUGAACUACAGCCCCCCCUCAUCCUACCCCAGCAGCAUUGGCCCAGUGGAUGGCACCAGCCUGAGGGCACGCUACCGCACCUCUCCCUCCGUGUUCAACUCCCCCUGGGGGCAAGGAGGACUACAUGGAGUCCCUGAAGACCCUGGACAGGUUCCUCCGCACCGAGGAGGAGAAGAGCCACCGCAGUCAGUUAGGUAUGAGUGUAACGAUGUAGCUUAGCUCUUAUUACCAUUUUCACAAUGCGUUACUACUAGUGAAACUGGUCUGGAUAAAAAACAGACCAUGGCUCACUUGAUAAAGAGAUGUCAAUCCCAAUGUGACUUUCUUGAUUAAAUAAAGGAUAACAAAUAAUAAUGAACUCCAACUGAGCUUUUGUGUCUCAACUGUGAAGAGCAUUAUUGUAAUAUCCUGUAUGCAUCCUUUGACUUUCUCAGGGAGCCCAGAGUCGGUGUCGCCCUCCCACAGCCCCACAUUCUGGAACUAUAGCCGCUCGGUGGGGGACUACGCCCAGAGCCUGAGGAAGUUCCAGUACCAGCCGGCCUGCCGCUCCCAGGCCCCCUCAGCCAGCAAGGACGAGACGGACCUGGGCUCCAAACAGGCUGCUGAGGAGGUCCGAGGGAUCAAUCAAUUCAUCAGUCAAUCAAUAAAAUAACUAUUCUUUAUAUUACCAGAGGGAAAUGGGUUUUCCUAGCAGGAAUUUAUUUUUGAUCUGCAGGUUUGGGCCAGAAUCACAACCAGUCGUCUCGUGGUGGACAGCAUAGACAGCUGGAUGGCCAAGCUCAGAAAUGUAAGGAGAUAUAACAAGCUUAGAAGUAACACUGAAGCUCUGGUAAAAUCUGGAAUUUUGUUGGAGAAAGUGGUUGAUAAGCGUGUAGUUUCUCUUUCUUUCAGUGGAUAAAUGACACCAUUCUAGUGCCACUGGUGAAGGAGAUGGACUCAGUGAAUGGCCAGCUAAGGAGAAUGGGCUGCUCUGAGCUCCAGAUCGGAGGUAUUUACUGCCCAUAUGCAAUGGGGCAUAAUGGGAAAUAUAGUUUACUCUGGGCCGGUUAUACUUACCCUGUCUGUCUCUACCACCCUAUUCAACAGAAGCCAGUAUAGCCAGCCUAAAACAGGCUGCUGUUUUGAAGGCCUCAGUCAUCCCCACCAUGCCUGCUAUUGUGCAGUACCUGGACAUCACCCCUAACCAAGAGUAUCUAGUGGAGAGAAUCCGAGGUAGGCCUAUGAGAGGCAACACUGUAAGUCGCUUUGGAUAAAAGCGUCUGCUAAAUGGCAUAUUAUUAUUAUUAUAUUAUUUUGAAUCCUUGCUUAUUCACUGUGCUAUAUUCCUGUCAUACUAUAUGUGUCCACAACUGACGGACCAAUACAUUAGAGCCAAAGCAGCUAAGAUUCUAGAGAAAUUUGAGUCAAACGUCAUAAGACUUGAUGAAAGCAGAAAUGGACAUAUCAUUAUUGACAGUGUGUUUGUUUCCCCUUGUCAGAACUGGCCCAUAGUGGCUGCAUGAGUUCUUUCCGCUGGAACAGGGGCGGGGAUCUCAAAGCCAGGAAGUGGGACACAGACCUCCCUUCAGACUGUGCUGUGAGUCUCAUCCAUCACCUCUAGUCUAGACCAAAAAAGUAUGGUCUGACCUAUUCCUGUCACUAUGACGAUAGUGAGAGGUCAACGUGGGGUGAAUGCUCAAACAUGUGUUGUGUUUUCUGUCCAUUAGAUCCUCAUGCAUGUGCUGUGCACAUACCUGGACUCCCGACUCCCGCCGCACCCUAAGUACCCCGAUGGAAAGACCUUCACCUCGCAGCACUUCACCCAGACGCCAGACAAACCUGGUAAGGCCAAGCAGCACAACACACACAGAAUGGACAUCGUUCUUCUUCUAUUCUUUACUGAUACCCUGUUCUUGUUUCUUGAAUAGACGUGACGAAUGAAAACCUCUUCUGCAUUCACCAAAGUAGCACCAAUCCCCCACACUACCAACUAAUCUACCAGGGCCAUGUCUACAGCCUGCCCAAGGUAAGAACCAAUCUGUGCCUCUUUUGUCCCUAUGGCCUAUUUGGACAUGCCUUUAGUGAGUGAGAUGUAUCUGUCAAAAACCACAUGUGCUCCAUUCAUUUGAGUCCCCUCUGAUUGUGCUCACAGGGAAGGAACAACCUGUUCCACACUGUUCUCAUGUUCCUCUUCGUCAUCAAAACCAAGGAGUCUGGGAUGCUGGGGUGAGUACUCUCAACUAUUCCACAGUAGAAAUGUAUUUAAACUUCCCAGUCCAAGGUGCCAUCACUGAUUCCAGAUGGGCACUGUAAUAAGCUCUUUGUGAUAGAAAUGUGCUGCUAUGUCACUUUAGUAAAGGAAACUAGUCAAGACCACAUUAUAUUGACAAUCAAUCUCUAUGUAAAACAUUAGUGUCUUAAUUGCACAUAAGUUGUACUCGUCUGUCUUUUUACAGGAGAGUAAAUCUGGGCCUAUCAGGUGUGAACAUCCUGUGGAUAUUUGGGGACUGA